AUGAGAGACUACCAUUGUUCUUCUUCCUCCUCUCUUCUUCCACCAAUAUGGCUAUGGUGGAAACCAAAUAAUGCGUGGUGGUUUAUUCAUCUUCGUGACGAUGGAAAGUACACUGAAGACACAUACCACUGGCAUUCAGACGCCUGCGAAAUCAUCUCGGUCAUUUACAAAAUUAUGCAGCAUGUCUGCGGUUGUGUCGUGGACACUACGGCCGUAAAUGAUACUACAGCUGCUGACGGUACCGAUACCAAUGAUGACCCUCUGCCAGCUACCGAGUACGAUGCCAGCUCACUAGCGGAUGAUAUAGCCGAUGAAAGUGACCUGGGCCUGCUUAGGGAGGCACUUAUCCUACCUAAGGACGGAUGGACUACAGAUAACCCAAGGCUGAGGUUACCUCGCGUACUAAGAACCAAUAUCACACGAUACGCCUUCCAUACCGAGCGAACUUUCGUACUCGCACUCUGCUGCCUUUACGAUGAAUCUUCCCUCCAGCGUAACGGCAAGAGACCUGGCCCUUUAUCAGGCGGAAAGAUCGAUAUGCCUACCGUCGCGACAUGGGAUAUUCGUACCUCCCGUGUGCCUCUGGACCCCCUUAUGAUUGUAUAG